AUGACGCUGGAGGGCAAGAAGAAGAGGGUGCCACGAGAUGCUAAGCAUUUUUUGAAAGCUCGUAACGAAAGAAAAAACACCAAAUCAGGUAAUAACAUGGAAAAGGGCUUACAAGUUGAAUGGCGGGACCUGGCAUUGGUGGAUCAUGAUCUGGCUGGAUGUGAAGCACGACAUAUUGGUGUUACAAGGUUUCUUCAAUCAUCUAUGGAAGCAAACCUGGUAAAUGGCGGCGAGCCGCUGAGUCCCAUUGGUCAGCUUUUGUGUACGUCUCCUAUGUCCUUAUGCGUCCAAGUGAUAUUUGAGCUAGAGCAACCUAUAGAUGUUUUCGGAAUGAAGAAAGCCAUACAGGACAUUCUCCUGCCGUCCAACCCCCGUUUUUGCUGCACAAUGAGCGAGGACAGCCUUGGAGUUCUUCGUUGGGUGAAAACUGAAGUGAACGUGGAUGAUCAUGUAAUUGUUCCAAAGUUUCCUCCAGGCCAAACAGAAUAUGAUGAAUUUGUGAAUGAUUAUAUCUGUAAGAUACACCUUACUCCUCUUCCUAAGAAUCGGCCCCUGUGGCAGUUCCACUUUCUCAACAACAAUACAAGCAAGGCGAGAGCCACAAUGAUCAUAAAUAUACACCACUCUUUAGGCGAUGGUAUUUCUCUCAUGUCGUUAGUCUGUUGCUGUCUCACCAGAGCAGAAGAUCCAAGUCUUCCGCUCACCUUUCCUUCUUCCAAAUCUCUGCCUCACAAACCAUAUUCUUCAAGGUUUUCGGUCAAGUUUAUGUAUUACAUGUUGCAGAGGCUAUUUGUGCUCGUGCUUGUUUUGUGGUACACUGUUUCUGACUUCAUUAGCAGCUUACUGAGAAUGAUGUGUAUGAACGAUAGCAAGAUACCCAUUCGAGGGCCUCCUGGGGUGGAGAUGCUGCCUAAAGUUAUGACCCAUGUCACCUUCCCCAUAGAAGACAUCAGAAAGAUAAAGACUUCCAUCGGCGGAACGGUGAAUGAUGUGAUAAUGGGUGUUAUAUUCUACGGUUUUCAACGAUACCUGCAAAUUACUCAUUCUCAUGGAGGAAACAGUAAGGAAAUGAAAAAGUCAAGAGUAACAGGGCUUGUUGCAAUCAAUACAAGAGUUUUGUCAUUGAAGGAUAUAAAAGAAAUGAUGAAAUCUGAAAGUGAAGCACCCUGGGGAAAUCGCUUUGGGCUGCUGCACAUACCCAUGCCCACUGGUAAUGCGGAGAGUCCACUGGAUUUUGUGCGAAAAGCCAAAAAAAUCUUAGACCGGAAGAAAAUGUCACAUGAAGUGUCCCUUACCACUCGCCUAAUCGGUUACCUGGGAAGACAGGUAUGCAGAUUCAUUGCUUUUAAACCAUGGACUAGUCCAGUCUAA